AUGUUGAUUCGGUUUGUUCUAAAGAUUGUUCCCAUCGGUGUAUCUGGUAUUGAUGAAGACUCUUUCCACAGUGGUUCUGGUUAUGCAUUGGGAGAAUUUCAGUUGGUUUUGAGUCGGAUUGGUGAAGGUUCUGAUAUCGGUUUGGAUUUGAAAAGGAAUCCACUGGUGAAGGGUCCAAGAGAGUUCAGGGAAAGAUCAUCGUUUAAUGGAAGACAAACGGCUUAUGGGAACAUGAAGUAUGCGGUGCACUCAAGAGGUUAUCAACAUCCCACAAAUGGUGAAGGCAAUAACUUGCUCCCGAAUCCUACAAAGUUCAUGUUAGAUGCUUUCAAAGGUUCUCAGAGAUCCUCUAAAGAAUUCAGGCACGGUCCUGCUCGUAAAGCUUUGUUUUUUGAAGAUGCUUCUGUUGAAUCUGGUUCUCUUUUGAACAAGAAUACUAGUGCUUCAGAAGAGCUUCUUAUAAUGGGAGAGCCCAAAGUUACGGAGGGGCAGCUGGGGAUUAGGAGUGAUGACAAGAUUAUGAAUGAUCAAUCUAUGGACUCUCAAGCUUUGGAUGAGGCAAACUUAAUGAUUGAUGGGGGUGAGAUCCCAGAUAUUAAUGAUCCAAUGGAGGAGGUGGUUUUGGCUGAUGGGGAUCAACAGAUGGUGGGUGAGCAAGAGGUGGGUGAGGUAGCUGAUACAGAGAUUUAUCAGGUGGAGAAUGAUGGUGAGAGAGCUCCUAAGAAGAAAGGAGCAAAGGGGGGGGGGGAGGGAGAAAUUUCAAAUGGAGGAACUGCUAAGAAGCACCAGGUGCAGACCUUUAUUUCUUCCCGUAAGAAACUCUUGGCUAAGGUGGCUUUAAAGGUGGGAGAUAAAGGAUCUAAAAAGGCUUGUAUGAAGCCUAAGAACCCAGCAGA